AACUAGUAGGUGCUUUGAAUCAAAUCCGAAUUGAAGUUUGGAAGAUAAUUAUCAACAUUCAAAAGUAGUGAAAAAAUGUACCUGAUAAGAGUUGUAUAGGAAAUUUCGGAAAAACAAUUUCAAAAAAACGUAUAAUCUUCAAAAGAAAAAGAUAACUGUCACACCAUACCAAAGACUUAUGUUUGUGACUAACCUGAAACACCAGUUUUGCGAUUUGUAAAUGAAAAUUUAAGACAUACAGGUGUAAAUUAGGUGUCUGGAAUUGUGUUUUAAAAUAUUUUGAUGACAAAAUGACUGCUCCAAUGGAAAGAAUACAAGUCUUAGAUUCUAUAGAGAAGGAUAUAAUAACAUGUCUUCAUAGUGCAGGUCAGGUAUUUGUUGAACUGAGCAAGGAAAAGUCUAGUCUUAAGCAGGCAGAAAACCAUACUCAGACGUUUUUGAAGACUCUCAGUACAGUAGAGAAUAAAUUAACUGAUCAGAUUAACUACUUAACACAAGUUUCAACUGGCCAACCUCAUGAGGGUUCAGGAUAUGCAUCGCAGAAAGUAUUGCAAAUGGCUUGGCAUAGAUUAGAACAUGCUAGAUCUAGAGUUAAUGAAUUAGAUAGGCUAAGAAUUAAGCACAUGCAAACUCGACCUGGAGUUAGGAAUAUGCCAGGAAAUGGAGCUAUGAUGCCUCAGCAACCUCAACAGCAACAAAUGCCUAUCCAACCUCAAGGAAAUAUGCAACAAUGAUUAUGUUUAGAAACCAUCUACUGUAUUGCUUGUAUCUUAGUGAGUUCGUUUUCUGUAUAUGUUAGUCAAUUCUAGGUUGUUUUUGCAGUAUAAUCAAAAUUUUUACCUAUUUGUGUUUUACUCAUAUUGAACUAAUUGUAUUUUUGUUUUUAUUAUAUUUACUUUCGAUCACUAAAUGGUCUGUCAAUAGAACAAAUUAAAUUGAAUUGAUUAUCAAUUUAUUCUUGAACGGACUCACAAAAAAUAUAUUUAUAUUGUUUGUUAGGGUUGAAUACUAAUAAAUUAAAUAUAAUGAUUGAAACGA